AGAUUACAAGCGCAUGCGCAAUGUCGCUUGUUUGACUGUAACGCUAAGUGAUGUGAUGGCUACCAAGGAAGCUUAUUUGUAUUUAGGAGUUAUACAUUGACAUUUGAGCCGAAAACGGUGCAACUUCAAAAUGAAAUUAACUCGGAAACUUGUUCUCUCUCGGGCCAAAGCGUCGGACCUUGAAAGCGUUAAAAAGUUGAAUUGCUGGGGCUGCAACCUGACAGAUAUCUCAAUAUUCUGUGAAAUUUCCAAUGUUGAAGUUUUAACAUUAAGUGCCAAUAAUAUAUCCUCUCUGGAGCACAUCGCCAACUGUCACAAUCUGACUGAGCUGUACCUGAGACAGAACGACAUCCAGAGUCUCUCGGAGCUGAGCCAUCUUAAACACCUCACCUCUCUCAAAGUUCUGUGGCUGGCAGAGAACCCAUGCUGUGGCACAGACCCAGUGAAAUACCGUUUGUCUGUGUUGAGGGCCCUUCCUGGUCUGCAAAAACUAGACAGCCAGGUUGUGACAGAAGAAGAAAUUGCACUUGCUUUGGAAGAAGGUGAAGAAGUGAUCACACCUGCAGGUCCUGCCACAGCCAGUUCAUUGAAUGGUCUCACUGAGGCAGACUCCGAGUACGACUCUCUCAAUUACAGUGUGGAUGAGAGGAAUAAAAUCCAUGCUUACUCUGGAAUAAAACCAUUGCCUAAAGAGAAAUUUUCAUCUUCACGAGAAGCUGGUUCCUCCCUGAAGAAAAGGAGUCACACUCUGGAAGCUGUGCUGCUCCUGCUGAAGGACCUGGAUGCUGAGGAGCUAAAAACCGUCCAGUGUGCCACAGAGAACAAACUCAGAGCUCGCAGUAGACAGAAGGAGAAAAUGCCAAUUGCUCAACACUGAAUAAAAGCUAAUCACUACUGCAUGCAGAAUGACCAGCAACAUAAAAGUAGCUUUUUGCUAAACAAUAAUCCAGGUUCAUGUUAAGACAUUGUUGCCAGACCAAAAAUAAUCUCCCUGCUUAGCAACAAAUACAGGUGAUGGUUAAAUGACAAAAAAAAAAAACACUAAGUGCUUUAAUAAGGAUAAUAAUCAAUUAAUCAUAAACAAACAGCCUCAGCGUGGCAGAAUAAAUAAAGUGAUUCUGUCAACCAGUGUUACAAUGAAUGAAGUGGAGACUAACCCCGAGUCUCACUAAAUUCAUUAAAAGGUCUUCCAUAGGUGUUCAAAUGGUUUGAAAUAUUAUGAGUGACAGCCAUAGCAUGUUAUCAAAUUAUUUUUUGUUCCAAAUAAACUGUCCGGUGAGCCUUUAUUACCUGUUAAUGGUGGUGGAGUUAUCCUGAAAAAGUCCACUCCCCUUAAUAGAGAAAUGUUUCAACAUAAAAUAAAAAGUGAUCAGUUAAAAGAGGUCAAGUGAAACCAAACCAGAGCAAUAUAAAUAAUGAAAUGCCUGCACAGCAUGGUAGAGUAACCAGUUACUCCUUUAAUUUGUCCCCAAUGUAUAUGUAUAGCUGCACUACAUGGCUAAAAGUUUAUGAACACCUGGGCAUCACACCCUGAUGCUCUUGUUGAACAUCCUAUUCCAGAUCUGAUUGCCCCAUUGCUGUUAUAUAAAUUCCCCUGUCUCUCAGAAGGCUUUUCAUUAGAUUUUGGAGUGUGGCUGACAAAACUUGCCCAUUCAGCCCUGAGUAAUGUCCAAAAAGGAGUAUCUGGGGUGCAAUUGGCAUUGCAAUUUCAGUGUGGUUGAGAUGUGCAGGGCAUCCAACAUUCAUUCCAACCUUGGCAAACCAUGGAUUUGUGCACAAUGGCACCGUCAUGCUAGACCACAUUGGCCCUUCAGUUCCAGUGAAGAGAAACUGCAAUGCUGUAGCCUACAGAGACGUGUGAUGACCAGGUGUCCUCAAACUUGAACCAUGAUGGGUUUAAAAUAGUUUCACAAAGAAAUGUUCUGUAAACACUACUUUUUGCAGGCAUGAUUAGUGUAACAAAAAGAAAUCAUGGCUGCUUUGCUGUUCCUGGUGUCAAUUUAGCAUUUCUGUUCAUGUCUUUUUUUAAACAAGAAUUUCUUUAGCAUCUGAUUAUUAGAAAGUUUCUUGAAUGUGUAUUAUGAUAGUGCAGGAAUAACUCUGGAAUUAAAUGUAUAUUUACUGAACAUAUUUUUGUCAAUAAAUUGCAAUGCAUCAUA